CCUCCUCAGAGGAGCAGCUCUGUCUCUCUCUGCACUUGUCUCCUCAGUCAAGGAGAAACUAAUUGGAGGAAAGAAUAGAAGAAAGGAGCUGUUGGAAAACUAAACGAACCAAAACUUUACUUCUCUACAGCAUGCCACAGAAAGAUUUCAGAAGUCAAACAAGCUGGGAGACCGGUGUGGCCUCCAUGAUGCAAAACAGACAAGAGGUCCACGCUCUCUGCAGUGAAGGUCACAGUGGCGUAAACCAGCUGGGAGGUGUGUUUGUGAAUGGGAGGCCUUUACCUGAUUCUACCAGGCAGAAGAUAGUGGAGCUGGCACACAGUGGAGCUCGACCCUGUGACAUAUCCAGAAUACUACAGGUGUCUAACGGCUGUGUGAGCAAGAUCUUGGGCAGGUACUACGAGACAGGUUCAAUCCGUCCUCGGGCCAUAGGAGGGAGUAAACCCAGGGUGGCUACUCCAGAGGUGGUGGGAAAGAUCGCUCAGUACAAGAGAGAGUGUCCGUCCAUUUUCGCCUGGGAGAUCAGAGACCGACUGCUGGCAGAGGGAGUCUGCACCAACGACAAUAUACCCAGUGUUUCAUCAAUUAAUCGAGUGCUGAGAAACCUGGCCAGUGACAAGCAGCAAAUGGGCACAGUGGGAGCUGAGGGGAUGUUUGACAAACUCAAGAUGCUCAAUGGACAAACCACCUGGGGAGGACGCUCAGGGUGGUACGCUGGGACUACACUCACUACCACUGAGUGUCCACAGGCUGAAGGAGGGGAAAACACCAUAUCAGUUAGUUCCAAUGGUGAGGACACAGAGGAAACUCAGAUGAGGCUUCAGCUGAAGAGGAAACUGCAAAGAAACAGAACGUCUUUCACACAGGACCAGAUAGAAGCACUGGAGAAAGAAUUUGAAAGGACUCACUAUCCAGAUGUGUUUGCCCGAGAACGCCUUGCCAACAAAAUAGACCUUCCAGAGGCAAGAAUACAGGUUUGGUUUUCCAACAGACGAGCAAAGUGGAGAAGGGAGGAGAAGUUGAGAAAUCAACGUCGUCAGGUGUCCAGCUCCUCCAGCCAUAUUCCCAUCAGCAGCAGCUUCAAUGCCAGUGUUUACCAGCCUCUACCACAACCUACUACACCAGUGUCCUUCUCAUCAGGAUCCAUGUUGGGAAGGUCAGAUCCAGUUCUGUCCAACAGCUACAGCCUACCAACCAUGCCCAGCUUCAGUAUGGCUGCGAGUCUGCCUAUGCAAGCUUCCAGCCAGACAUCUUACUCAUGCAUGCUGCCCACCAGCCCCACUGUAAAUGGAAGAAGUUAUGAUACAUAUACCCCUCCACACAUGCAGCCACACAUCAACAGCCAGUCAAUGACUUCCUCUGCAACGUCGUCAACAGGUCUGAUUUCCCCUGGUGUCUCAGUUCCAGUCCAAGUUCCAGGAGGUGAAGCGGACAUGUCACAGUACUGGCCACGCCUGCAGUGAUGUCAUUUCUCGCGGCAAUCGUUGUUGCCUGUGGUGACCUUCAACUGGACUGUGUGGGACAUCAGACCCUGACCUAUCCCUACUUUACAGCUUGAAUGUCAAAAAGGACCUGUCAUUGACUGAAACAGACUGUACUGCAACAAAUGAAUAUGAAGAAAUUGCUCUCAUUAUUGAGUGUGAGAAAACCAAAUUCUGGAGAAAAGCAGGACAGAAAAAGGUUUGAGAACUCUUCCAGUUAAAGGAUUUUAAUAUUACUGUAAACCAGUGCAGGUUUGGCUGCAACUGGAUCAAAGUUCUUGGGGAGUUCUCUCUCCACAUCAUCUCCAUCAGCUGCCAUUCAAAGUCUGGCAGGGGAGGACACUCUGGCAGUAGCCCAGAAUGAAAAGCUCUAGCCUGAGCUGUACUCAGGGAGCUCAGGAAGCUGGACCGUCCUUUGGCAACAAUAAACUCCAGACAGGAAUAAACUGCUCAGUGUCCAUUUGGACACUCUUUGGGAAGACAUAUUACCUCCACUUUCAGUUCCUAAUUUAUAUCAUGUUGGUGUAUUUGUAGUUGACUGAAACAUAAAGGGACAAACUUAAUGAAACUUGAACUUAGCUGUCUGCUGUGAAUUUGUUUCAUCAGCAGGUUCCAAAAGCACCGCCCUGGAAUGUGUAUAGAGUUUCGGAAUGUGGAUUCUGGUGAAACGUGUUUGGUAUUGUAAAAACCUCGACCUGGAUGUGAUCUGCUAACUGGCAUGGAGUGAAAACCUGUCUGUUUGGGUGGCUAAAUCUCAGUUUGUUUUAAUUCCAAAGCUCCUAUGUCCAGAAAUUCAAUAGUAAACCAACUAUUGAAAGACUGAAAGCAGAACAAACACUUGCGCUUAUAAAAAAGUGAACAUUCGAUUGUGUCUGGGAUGUAAAUCUGUUUCUAAUUUCAAAGUGUAAAGUAUUUGUCCUCUCCAGUGAUCUGAGAGGGUUUCCAUAAUAAAGUUAUUUCAAUUAUAUUCCUUUUUAGGUUCUACAGUAUGUUAUCAAUGUA